AUGGCCCUCCAAGAACGUAAGCUUCCCUUUGGGAAGAUUGAACCCAACUCUGCCAAGUACUUCUACAGCUGCGCUUUAGGCGGCAUUAUCGGUAUGGUUUUCCUUAUCUGCAUCCCCUCUUUCAUUGUCAAGCCAGUGCUAACAAGAUCCCCUUUCCUUGCAGCUUGUGGACCAACCCACACCGCCGUGACACCACUGGAUCUUGUCAAGUGUCGUCGCCAGGUCGAUCCCAAGAUCUACACUUCGAACAUUCAAGCAUGGCGCACCAUCUUCGCCAAGGAAGGCAUGCGCGGCGUGGUUUUCGGCUGGUCACCCACUUUCCUGGGAUACUCGUUCCAAGGUGCCGGAAAGUACGGUCUGUAUGAGUACUUCAAGCAUUUAUAUGGGGACAAUCUGUUCCCCGAAAGCAACCGUACCUUGGUCUUUUUGGGUGCUAGUGCCUCGGCUGAGUUCUUCGCCGAUAUGGCCCUCUGCCCGAUGGAAGCUAUCAAGGUUCGCAUGCAGACUACAUUGCCGCCUUUUGCCAACAAUCUGCGUGAAGGGUGGAGCCGUAUUGUUGCAAAGGAAGGUUUCGCUGGUCUUUACAAGGGAUUGUACCCUCUAUGGGCCCGUCAAAUCCCUUAUACCAUGACUAAGUUUGCAACCUUUGAGAAGACUGUGGAGAAGAUCUACCAGACUAUGGGUAAGCCCAAGGAGAGCUAUAGCCAAUUGACCCAGACCGGUGUUAGUUUCCUGGGUGGAUACAUUGCUGGUAUCUUCUGCGCUGUUGUCAGCCAUCCGGCCGAUGUCAUGGUGAGCAAGUUGAAUGCCGAUCGCAAAGCUGGCGAGAGUGCGAUGACUGCUGUGUCACGAAUUUACGGUAACAUUGGGUUCUCUGGUCUGUGGAAUGGCCUACCCGUCCGUAUUGUGAUGCUGGGCACGUUGACAGGAUUCCAGUGGCUGAUUUAUGACUCGUUCAAGGUGUUCUUGGGUCUUCCGACUACUGGUGGACACUAG